AUGGAAGCAAAACAACAGGAUGUGGUGGAUUGUAGAUUCUAUGAGAACAAGUUCCCUGAGCCAGAGGAAUUUGUUAUGGCCAGGGUUAAAAGAAUAACAGAAGUGGGAGCUUUUGUUAGUCUUUUGGAAUAUAAUGAUAUUGAAGGUAUGAUUUUGAUGUCUGAGUUGUCCAAAAGACGUAUCCGUAGUGUCAAUAAGUUAACCAGAGUUGGAAGACUUGAAGUUGUUGUAGUAUUAAGAGUAGACAAGAAUAAAGGCUAUAUUGAUCUGUCAAAGAGAAGAGUAAAUCCGGAGGAUGUUGAGAGAUGUGAGGAGAAAUAUUCAAAAAUGAAAAAAGUUUAUCAGACUGUUCGUCAUAUCGCUCAAAAAGAGGGUAUAUCAGUUGAGGAACUUAGUGAGAAAUUGAUUUGGCCUUUACAUAGAAAAUAUGGCCAUGCAUUGGAUGCUCUCAAGGAGGCAGCUGUUAAUCCUGAAGCAGUUCUCGGGGAGUUUGAUCUACCAGCAAGUGUUAAAGAGGCUCUCAUUCAGGACAUUAAGUUUAGAUUAUCUCCACAACAGUUAAAGUUAAGAGCAAGAAUUCAUGUCUGUUGCUGUGGUUAUGAUGGUAUCGAUGCUGUUCGUCAUGCAAUUAUUGCAGGACAGGAAACUGUUACCAAGGAUGAUGUUGAAAUCCAGGUCAAAUUCAUCGCUCCACCACAGUAUUUGGUUACUGCUGUUUCAUAUGGAAAAGCCGCAGGAAUUGAGGCAAUUGAAAAGGCUAUGGAAACCAUCAAGAAUGUUAUAACUCAAUAUAAAGGAGGAGAUUUCAAGAGGCAAGGUGAAAUAGAAGUAGUUGGUGGAGAUGACGAAAAGAAUGAUCUUAACAGUGCAUCUGAGUCUGAAGAUGAAUCUGACUACUCUGACUCUGAUGAGGAAGAAGAUGAAACAAUGGGACGCGUAGAAGAUAUGGACAUUCCUUUUGAUGAAGAUGACAACGUUGAGGACGAAGAUGAGGAAGGCAAAUAG